AUGGAUGUAAAAUGUCCAGGUUGCUUUAGUAUUACAACAGUAUUUAGUCAUGCGCAAACUGUAGUUUUAUGUGGCUCAUGUGCUAAUGUUUUAUGUCAACCAACUGGUGGACGUGCCCGUUUAACUGAAGAUGAUGUACAAAUGAGUAAAACUAAAUUCAACGCAAGACACGAGUAUGAAUAUGUUGCAAAUUUUAAAGUAUUACAGACAGCUUUCGAUAAACAUAAAAUUGAUAAGAUGAUACCAGUUGAACGUCUUGUUAAAUGCAAAUUCCAAGAUAAUCUUGAAUUUUUGCAAUGGGUAAAGAAAUAUUGGGAUACUUAUUAUCCAGGUGGAUCCUAUGAUGCUGUUGCCAGACGAGGACCUGGUACGGGAGGUCCUAUCAAAACAGUUGCAGGCGGUGGUUCUUCUAGAACUAUGCCUAAAAAACCUGCUGCUAGUAGUUCAACAUCAGCUGGUCGUUCAAUGGGCGGGGGUGGAUUAAUCGAUAUCGUACAAUCUUCUCCGAUGUUAAAUGACUUAAAUAAACAAGUUUCUGAAUUGAAGGGUGCUGUAGACGGUCUUGAAAAAGAAAGAGAUUUUUAUUUUGGUAAACUUAGAGAUAUAGAAAUUUUGGUUCAACAACAAAUUGACGUUGAACCUGAUAAUCAAUUAAUGAAAGACAUUCAAGCUAUCCUUUACAGCACAGAGGAUGGUUUUGAAGUUCCACCUGAAGGUGCUCAGACAGAGGGUGCCGAAUACGAAGAUGAAACCUUUUAA